UCCGCAUUCCGGGGCUGUCAUGGGUGUCACAGUACCUGGGCUGGGCACCUUCUUUGCUGUUAAACAGGAGCAGCCCAUGGCAGGCGUUAAGCUCCUUGACGCAAAGAAGCCCGUCUUCCAGGUUUCGGAGCACUUUGCCAAUGUUCAUGGGCUCCCUUACAAGAAAGAAACUUUUCCUGGAACCACAGGGUUUUCCCCAGGAAGAAGGCAGCUCAUCCAGCAGCGUGGACAGGGAGGCUGCAGAUGAGGGGUACAGAGCGCCUCCCCAGACACCUGGAGGUCAAGAGUCAAAGCCAUCAGCAUGUCCCAGCCCCAGUGAGCACAGCACUGCGGUGCUGGUUGAGAGCCAGUGACGUGCACGACAUGCCUCCAGUGUCUCUGAGGAAGAGCUGGAUGAAACAGCCGAGAUUGUUGUUGCUGCAGUGCUACUCCAUUCUGUAGCCAUCAUGCAGGGAGCCACGAGCAAGGAUCCAACUGCUCCCUUGGCCACAUGGGCCAGGGUGCCUC